CUGAUGACACUCGUGUUUCACAAUAUAAAAUAAGAUUUCACGGAAUACAACAGUAAUUGGAGAAUUAUAAGAAAAAUAUCCGAGAAGAUAAUUGUAACGUAUAAUGAAGUCAAUUUUGAUCACGGGCUGCAACCGUGGAAUUGGAUUAGGUUUUGUGAAACACCUAGUGAAACAGUCGCAACCACCAGAAAAUAUUUUCGCAACUUGUCGAGACGUGAAUAAAGCAAGGGAAUUAACUACAUUAGCUGAGAAAUCAAAAAAUAUUCAUAUCAUCGAAAUAGAUAUAACAAAUACUAAAGAUUACGACAAAUUAGUACAAAUUGUGAACGAAAAAGUAGGGAAGGCAGGACUAAAUGUCUUAUAUAAUAAUGCCGGAAUUAGUACAAAAUUUACAAGACUCGGUCUUGUCAAAGAAGAACAGCUUAUAAAACAAUUUUAUGUAAAUACAAUAGCACCAAUUAUGUUAACAAAAGCUCUUCUACCACUGUUGAAAAUAGCAUCUAAUAAUUUUAAAGACAAAUCAAAAAUGAAUGUUAAUAGAGCUGCAGUUAUUAACAUGUCUUCAAUUCUUGGAAGUAUUGCUGAAAAUAAUGAAGGUGGAUAUUAUCCAUAUAGAUGUAGUAAGGUAGCACUUAAUGCAGCUACAAAAUCAAUGAGCAUUGAUUUAAAGCAAGAUGGAAUCCUCGUCGCUUGUUUUCAUCCUGGUUGGGUGCGUACAGAUAUGGGCGGUAACGGGGCGCCCAUGGAUAUUGAUACUAGUGUUAAUAAUAUUUUAAAAACAUUAAAUACAUUAACUGAAAAACAUACAGGUUGUUUUAUACAAUAUGAUGGAAAAAUUUUACCUUGGUAAACAUAUAUCUUGCAAUUUAUUUAAGAUAUAUUUUUUUAAUAUAUUUUAUUUAAUUUAAAAAAAUAUAUUUUUAUGAUUAUUUUUAUUAAUCUUUAUACUUAAUUUUACGUUUAAAAUAUAAAUUAAAUAUAAUAUAUAAAAAUAUUACAUUUUCAAAAAAUUUAUACAAUAUUUAUACAAAAAAUUGUAUAAUUUAAUUCAUUAAUUUGUUUAAUAUCAUGCAAAAUAUGCAGAUUUUAAAUCAGCAGGACAGAAAAAUUUUAAAAUAGUUUUAAAUAUUAAAUUUAUUAUCAAAUAUAUUCAUAUUAUUUAUAUCAAUUAGAAUUUAAAUUAAAAUAAAAUUAUAAAAAUUCAUAAAUAUAAAAAUCUUUCAUUUAAGAUUAUCACUAGAUUAAAGGUAUUAAAAAAGACAUUAAAUUUUUUUUUAUAUUCGGAUUUUUUCUGUACAUAGGUACAUAGUCCAUAACGUACACACACAGAUUAUUAAAAUAAUAGAUAAGAAUUUAUAUAUACAGUUAUCAUACAGAAAUUGUAAUAAUUAACUAUGUAAUAAAUUUUUUUCUUGCUUCCUUUUAAUAAAUGUUUAAACAUUAUAUAUUUUAAGUACAUUAGCUUUUAAAUAAAUGAAAAUGAUUAUGUAAUAACAUUACCAAAGCAUUUUCUGCUUUCUUAAAAACUUAUGUAAAUAUAAAUUCAAACAUUCGCAAUUUUAUUCUUUUAUUUAUAAGUGUCAAAGCGUAUUUUGUACAUUUCAUGGUGCUAUAACAUAAUCUCAAGGAAUGCAAGUUCGUUGUAAAAUAUAAAUCAGCAAAAAAA